AUGCUGGCAGCCUCAGAGGUGGCUGCAAUGUCGACAAGACUGCCAGAUGAAGUUGCAGCCACGCAAGACGUUAUGUCAAAACUGAAUUACUGGCCGUCUAUUAUGGCUACUGAAGACCUCCUCUCGGCAUAUGCUGACGUUGGGGAUGGGAGCAGCGUCGUUGAACUGCUACAAGAGAGUCUUGAUAAAUCAGAAUCCUUGCUCAAUCACCCUAUUUUCUCACCUCGCUUUCUUGCCGAUCUGUACACACGUCUUGCUAUGGCGCCACAGUUUGAUGCAAAUGAACAAGCGGCGAUGAAGAUUCUCAGUCUUCUGAAGCAACGAACCCCUGGCCCUGACGACUACCGAAUCGGCAUCGCCGUCACUCGGCUUUUUCAAACUGGUCACUCUAGUGCCGCAUUUCUCCUGCUGAAGAAUACACGCCCGCAUCAAUUCUCGUACACGUUUCUAUCCAAAAUCCCCGAAUUAUUGUCUGAGCAGAAGUCACAGUUUUUAAAUGACUUUUGGAUGUGCUCAGGAAGUGCUGCCCGUCUGCCUGACCUUGUCCGUUUUAUGACAAUGGAGAAUGCCAUCUUAACACUGCAGGCCUGUUAUAACCUGAGGCAAGAUUUACAUGGUGCCGUUGCUAACACUGUUGUUCUGAAAGCUGUGAAGGAGAAUGACGUUGACAGUGUGGUCAAGAUUGGAAACAUCCUUGGUAAACAGCGUCUGCAUUUGCUCUACUGGACUGUAAUUCCUCGUCUUCUUGCAAUGGGGCUCAAACCGGAUGAAGUAGUAGCGAAAUUUGGGGACCCCGUAUCGAGGUCCUGCGCUGCUUUAGGCAUUGUGCUCAAUGAACUCUGCGCACUACCCAGUUUUUUAAAUCCUCCUGUAAGCAGCAGCAGUUUGGAAAAUGCUGAAACGCUGUACACGAAAUUCCACUCAGAAAAUCUCCUCCCCUUCGCCGAUUAUUUGUUUGUCAAUAACAAUUCUGCGCACCUCUUGCUUAGAGGAUGUUUUCAUUACUGUGGAGAAGAAAGUGGUAUCUCGCAGGCCAAAGUGGACUCCUGGGCAGACUUAGUUUUUAAGUGUUUCACCGAAGAUCGGCAUCCUCUUUUAGCAAGUGGGCUCCUGCAAUUCUGUUCUGAGGGUAGGGGCGAGGCGCCUAGUAAAUCCGACGAACUCCCUACCCCCGUCUCACCUCGCUUCGCCAGUCUUACCCUGAAUGCUCGCCAGAGCCUUGCGAGGGCUCUCGUAACUUACUUCAAAAGCAGAAGAAUCCCGGUCUCGUACUUGAAUCUCGUAAAGAAAAAUAUGGAAAAAUUGGAUAUGCCAGUUGAGUCUACUGCUGGUCUCAUGCCAGCAGGGAACGUCUCCAAACACACCUCACUGGUUGGUCGGAUUCACGCCGGAGAAAUAAGUUACGUGACGGAAGAGUUACAGAAGAUGCAGAAAUCAAUUUCACAGGAAACAAGUCCUCUGGGAGUAGUGUCCCAACACCAACUGGAUCUCCUUGGCGAGGCUUUGUCUGUUUCUGCUCCUCUGCCUGAAUCCGUGGACUCAAAACAGACGUCUGUCGUUCAACCCUAUUCACCAGAACAAUUAGAGGGUCUAUUUUGGGCCCUAGUUGAGGUCGCCGGGCUGAAAAAACCAAGCCUUUCCGCUGCCAAGAUUUGUGAACAGUACCUCAAUGCGUCCGAUAUGGAUGGUCUAGUUUCCUUCGUAAAGAAGGUAGCAGAUAGAUGUCCUCAAAACCUUUCAAUCAUUUUUUCACGCUGGAUUCUCCAAAAGGCAGUCCAAUUAGAUGCCGCUAAAGCCCAAAAAGUCAUGGAGGAUACUCUACGAAAUGAUGCUGUGACUCUGCCAACUAUGGUUUUGGGUGCCUACAACUUUGCCGUGGCUCGAAAUGAAGGCGGCAAUGCCAACACCACGUUUGAGUUGGGGGUAAAUUCAUUGGCGAAACGUCUCGAAGGUCUUAACCAGCUGCGAAAAGUCCGGACUGUCCAUGCUGCCAUCGAGGAGCUGUGUCAUAAUCGCCAAAUCUUUGCAGCUUACGCUCUCCGUGACUGGGCCUGUCAACUAGGUCUUGCUCUCCUCCCGCAGACCACCGAGACCCUUCUUGCCUCGCGUGUCUUCAUCGAUUCCCUCCCCCCGAUUCCCGCAGCACUGCUUACCCCUGAUCGACUCACUUUACGCGGAGGAGUCUCGUUCAGUCCCCUUCUUUCGCAGCUCCAAGAAGUCAGCGCCGCCAUGACCUCAGACGAAGGAAAGUCGACGGCUGCUAUUGAGGCUGCGGCGAACGCUCUCUCCGCGCACCCGUUUGUCACCGACCCCAGUGCUCUAGCGCGCACUUUGCGUCCCGCUGUCUUCAAAAAGACGCAGUUUGCCUUCUGGUCAGCAGUCGGCCAGACCCUUGAGACGCCUGGCAGCCAGCUCUCAAAGCCCUUGAAUCUAGCUCGGCUCGCCCAUAGACUCGUGGAGUCGGGACAUGAGGCGGCUGUGCACUCUUGGAUCUCAUGUCUACUGCGGCAGGACUGGAUUGCGGCACUCUGUUGUGGUGGUCUUAUGUCAUCGAAGUUCAACAUGAAAUUUACCGAGCUUCUUCAGUGCCAUCCGAAUUUGCAGUUUGCAGUUGCAUCUAGUUCUGCGUUCCUAUCGUCUACACCAGAACAAAAGGACACAGUCAUGAAGAGCUUCACUGCGCUAGAGCGGGCCCAUCUCCUAACUCUUUCGGGCGCCCUUAACGAUAGCGAUUUCAGUCAGGCAAAGUCGAUCAUUGAGAAACUUCCUGGGGAUUCUGAAGCGGUGUUGUCUGGCCUUGUGAACUCUCGGCCAAACUAUCUCCCAAUGGUCGCCAAAAUCAUGAACGAGCAGCCAAUUGAAACUCAGUUGUCACUGGUUAACAGAAUUCUAGAAGAAAAUCAAACGCGCAAGGUCCCAAUGCAUCUAAUCUUUAAUCUGAUGGAGACGGCCGCCAAACCGAAUCUCCAAGAAGGGGAGAAGGCGGACUUCGCCUGCCUGAAGGAUAGGUUAUCGAUGUCAAACCAAGUUUUCCUGAGGACUCUCUUCAAGUUGUUCUCCCGUCCUCGUUUCAUGACGCAAGGUUUUGCUACCGGGGCUGACUACUUCCAAUCAAUUUUCCCCGGCAAUUCGAACGCAAAUCUUCGCGAUGCUGUUUCGAAGGCCACCCGUCAAGGCAAACCUCAAGCCCUUUACGAUGCGUUGGUCUCGAUCCAGGCUAAUGAUCCAUCGAAAUUGCGUGAAGCGGCAAGUUCUGUGAUCCUUUCGCAAUUACUCAUAUCUGGCCACCGAAAUGUAAUGCCAAUUCUCUUUUCGGCUUGCCACCAACGAAACAGCGAUUUGCUCUAUGAAUGUGCCAUAGCCGCUCUGCCUUUCCUUCAUAACUCGCUAGGUGUUGCUUUUAAGGGCUUGGCCGAUGUUUUCCAGCAAAAGGAAUUGGACCCGGUGAAGCUUGAAGCAAUCAAUUUCCACCGACUCAAUGAAUUUACAACACCUGUUGCACAGCCGACUGACGCACCAAAGAUUCAAUCACUCUCAUUGAAAUUCGAAAAACCUGUUAGUGACGAUGUCUCCGAUCCGAUUCGACUUGCUAAGGAAUCUGUCAUUUACUUGGCCAACGUCCUUGCAAAUGGUAAACUCUCCGAUGACAACGCUACCAUCGUCGUUGACAUGGUUCGAAAGCUUUGGGGCCCUGGUCGUGUCGACCUUAUUCUUUGUCAUUUGGUGGACCUUCGAGCGACUAAGUCAGUUAAUCAGGUAAUCGAAGGCUUGCCGUCUGAGCUGCGCGAACGCCGUCUUCCUUUCAAGGCUCUUGCACGCCUCAUAGAAACCAAUAGCGCCACAUCUGUCUCCGACAAGGAGCAAUACAACGAGGCCGUCAAUCUAUUGAAGACUAGCCCCUCACAGAAUUUGACUUCGUGCAUGAAUGGUCCCCAUAUUUCGACCCUCUUCGCCACUUGGCCUGAGUCGAAUAUUGAUGACGAUCAGGUCGUUCAGUUGUUGACUGUGGUUGAGACAGGGCCUCUACCAUUCAGCUACCUUGCCGGUAGCCUUCAACAUCCACUUAGUGUAUCUGCUCUCCGGGAAUCCAUCAAGUACCUUAAGAGCCACGACUUGGAGCACCUGCCCGCAUUUAUUGAUGCAUGUCUACGCAAUGCUGCGAUGUCUGUACGCAAUGGUGCCUCAACAGAAGAAGCAGUUGUUGAAUUGGUGGAAGUUGCUAUGGAGGAACCAUCCCUUGAGUUAAGGGAACUUUGCCAACCCACUACCUUAAAACUAUUACGGGAGACCACAAAACAAUCGGAAAAGAUACAGCGCGCAUUGUUCGAUAAGACUGUUUCUGGGACAUCUGGUGACCUCAAUGCGCCAUCCACAAAGAAGACUUCUUGA